AACUACUGGCAGCAGCAUAUAAUUCGGUGUUGUGUAUACUGUUGUACCGAAAAUGUCUUUCGUCGAGAGGUCUUUUUGAUUAAAAAGCGACAAAUAAUUACAUGAAAUAAACUUUUUCGUUGAUAAAGGGUAACCUCAAAAUGUACAUCAAACAGGUCAUUAUUCAAGGCUUCAAAUCAUACCGUGAGCAAACGGUUGUAGAGCCUUUUGAUCCCAGGCAUAAUGUAGUCGUUGGAAGAAAUGGCUCUGGAAAGAGUAAUUUUUUCUAUGCUAUUCAGUUUGUACUGAGUGAUGAAUUUUCUCAUUUGAGGCCUGAACAAAGGCAGGGUCUCUUACAUGAGGGUACUGGACCACGAGUCAUAUCUGCGCAUGUGGAAAUUAUUUUUGACAACACUGAUGGAAGAUUACCGAUUGACAAGGAUGAGGUUUAUUUGCGACGUGUCAUAGGCUCUAAAAAAGACAAUUAUUUUCUAAAUAAGAAGAACGUUUCGAGGACAGACGUGAUGAAUUUGCUCGAAUCCGCUGGUUUCUCGAGAUCGAAUCCUUAUUACAUUGUGAAACAAGGAAAAAUCAAUCAAAUGGCUACUGCUCCAGAUUCUCAAAGAUUGAAAUUACUGCGUGAAGUUGCCGGUACUCGGGUUUACGAUGAGAGACGUGAAGAAUCUAAAGCUAUUUUGAAAGAGACUGAGGGAAAACUGGAAAAAAUCGUCGACUUUUUGCGCACAAUAGAGGAACGUUUGGCAACUCUCGAGGAAGAGAAAGAAGAGCUUAAAGAAUAUCAGCGUUGGGACAAGCAACGACGCUGUCUCGAGUAUACGAUACAUGAGCGAGAAUUGAAGGACAAUAAACGAAAAUUGGACGAAUUGGAAGCGUCGCGAGCAAAUAAUGGUGCUGAGCAAGCUAAGCUUGGAGCUGAGGCUAAAACUGCACAAGAAAAUGUCCGUGCAGCAACAAAACGACUGAAAGAAGCGAAGAAAGAGGUCCAAGCUGCGAAAGAAGAAAGAGAUACACUCAGUGCUGAACAACAACAACUGCUAAAAGAAAAGACGAAAUUGACGUUAACGAUAAACGACUUAUUAGAAGAAGUCAAAGGCGACAAUGACAGUAAAAAAAGAGCGCAGCAAGAGCUGGAAAAAUUGAAGCUCACGAUAGAUGAAAAAGAAAAAGAGCUCGAAGUCAUACGACCCUCUUACGAGGAUAUGAAACGGUUGGAAGAAGAAUGUACGCGUAAUUUAGCUCUAAAAGAGCAAAAGCGUAAGGAGCUAUACGCGAAACAAGGUCGAGGCAGUCAAUUUAGCAGCAAAGAUGCUAGGGAUGAAUGGAUCAAAAACGAGCUGAAGCAACUCACUAAACAAAUCAAAGACAAGCAGGAACAUCAAGCAAAAAUUAAGGAAGAUUUGAAACGAGACAGUGACAAACAAGUUAUGUUGGAGAAAAAAAUAGCUGAAUACACUGUCGAAAUGGAGCGACAAAGGGCCUUGAUCGAUGAACACAACAAACAGUACUAUGAAAUGAACAAAGCGAAAGAUCAGUGCCAAGCGACUCGCAAGGAGCAGUAUCGCCAAGAGAGUGUAUUGCAGCUUAAUUUGUCUGGUUUAAAAGAAGACUUGGCAAAAGCCGAUCAGAGUUUGAGAUCCAUGGCUGGAAAACCUAUUCUCAAUGGCAGAGACAGUGUUCGCAAAGUGUUGGAGACUUUUCGACAACGUCCUGAUAUGGCCCACGAAGUUAACAGCUAUUAUGGUCCAGUGAUUGAGAACUUUGAUUGCGACAAGAGUGUUUACAUGGCCGUAGAAGUAACUGCUGGCAAUCGAUUGUUUCAUCACAUUGUAGAAACCGACAAAUUUGGUACGAAAAUUCUCAAAGAAAUGAACAACCAACGUUUACCUGGAGAGGUCACUUUCAUGCCUCUGAAUCGUCUUCACGUCAAGGUUCAAGACUAUCCGAACACGAGUGACGCUAUUCCUAUGAUAUCAAAAUUGAAAUACGACAACAAAUAUGAUCGAGCUUUAAGGUAUAUUUUCGGAAAAACUCUAAUCUGCCGUAAUCUCGAAGCUGCGACGAGCCUCGCGCGUGAGUCAGGCCUCGAUUGUGUUACUCUUGAGGGUGACCAAGUUUCCUCCAAAGGUUCUUUGACCGGCGGUUACUUCAACACUCUAAGAUCACGUCUUGAGAUUCAAAAAACACGAUCAGAGCUAAUGGCACAAAUAGCAACUUUGGAGAGUCAAUUAGCGACGUUAAAGGAAGACAUUAGAAAUGCCGAUCAGAGUAUCAGCUCGUACGUGAGCGAAAUGCAACGAACUGAAACUAAAAACAGCAAAGCGAAAGACAUCAACGAUAAAAUGAAGGCAGAAAUACGAAUGAUGAAAGAAGAGCUCAGCGCAAUUGAGAGAUACCGUGCACCAAAGGAGAGAAGCUUAGCUCAGUGUACCUCGAGUUUGGAAGCUAUGAAAGCUACGAAAGAAGGUCUGGAAAGUGAACUUCAUCAAGACCUGAUGGCCCAACUGUCAGUCGCCGAUCAAGAACAAGUCGACACUUUGAACGAUGAAAUAAGAGCCUUGACGAAGGAGAACAAAACUGCGUUUGCGACGAGAAUGCGUCGGGAAGCGGAAAAAAAUAAAUUGGAGAAUUUAUUGACGAACAAUUUGAUGAGGCGCAGAGAUGAAUUGAUCCAGGCGCUCCAGGAAAUCUCCGUAGAAGAUCGACAACGUCAAUUAGAUUCGUGCAAAACUCAGUUGGCUGACAUUGAGAAAAGAUUGCUGAAAGUUAACAAUGACUUCAGACUACAAAACGACAAAGUAGCAAACGCCUCGAAAAAGCAAAAGUUAGAAUCCUCUGAAGUUGACAAGUGGAAAGCCAAGGAGAAAGAAGCGCAAGAAAAAAUCGAGGCUGACGCUAAAGACUUGGAGAAAUUGGCUAGCAAGCAAAAUAUAUUGCAGCAAAAAAUAUCUGAAUGCACACAAAAAAUCACCGAGCUCGGGGCUUUACCCAGUCCUGAAGCUUAUGCCAAGUUCACUAUGAUGUCGACCAAACAGCUGUUCAGAGAAAUGGAAAAAGCGAAUAAUCAUCUCAAGAAAUACAGCCACGUGAAUAAGAAAGCGUUGGACCAAUUUAUGUCAUUCAGCGAUCAGAAAGAAAAAUUGGUAAGACGUAAAGAGGAGUUGGAUCGGGGCGAUGAGAAAAUAAAAGAGCUUAUGUCCGUUCUUGAACAACGGAAAUACGAAGCGAUCCAAUUCACGUUUAAACAAGUCAGCAAAUACUUCAGCGAAGUUUUCAAAAAAUUGGUACCCUCCGGACACGCGCAACUCGUCAUGAAAACUGCGGACGGAGAAGAGGGCGAUGAUGCCGGUUCAGAGACUGCGGACUCCGAUAGAUUUACGGGAGUUGGAAUCCGAGUUUCUUUUACCGUCCAAACCGCAGAAAUGCGAGAAAUGAAUCAGUUAUCCGGUGGACAGAAAUCCCUUGUGGCCCUUGCUUUGAUUUUUGCCAUUCAAAAAUGCGAUCCGGCUCCGUUUUAUCUCUUCGAUGAGAUCGAUCAGGCACUCGAUGCUCAGCAUCGAAAAGCCGUUGCUGAUAUGAUUCACGAGCUCAGUUCAGAUGCGCAGUUCAUCACGACGACUUUCAGGCCAGAGUUGCUUCAACACGCAAACAAAUUUUACGGAGUAAAAUUUCGCAACAAGGUUUCUCACGUGGAGUGCGUUACGCGCGAGGAAGCCGCAGACUUUGUCGAGGACGACACGACUCACGGAUAAUUAUUUGAAACCUUGAACUAAAGUAUAUUUCAUUUUUAAAAAUUAUACGGUAUUUUACGUUGUGACUCUCGCGAUCAAAAUGCCAUGUUUUUUUUUACUUAUUUUCCUUGUAUUCUAUCCGGAGGUCGGGAAAGUUUCUCUAUUAGCGAAAGUAUCAUAUCUUAAUACGAGACUCGAUAGAUUAGGUUGCGAAACAAUAGUCCGUCAUGACCAACGUACGUGAGAGAGAAAUGGAAAAUAUUUAUUUAUAAAGUUGUAAUAAAAAAAAACAAAUUAUAUCCAA